AUGGGCCAAGAACAGAGCCAGCCCGACCCGGCGGUGGAGGAGCCUUCUCCGCCGGCCGCCGACCCCGCGCCGGCGCAGUCUCCUGCCCCCGCGCCCUCCUCCCUCGAGGAGCUCGCCGCAGAGGCUAUGUCGUUUAGUGAGGAUGAUGAGUCAAUUGACGUUAAGGUACAGAAAGCUCUGGAUUGUCCGUGCGUGGCUGAUUUGAAAACUGGACCAUGUGGCAGUGGAUUUGUUGAUGCAUUUUCCUGCUUCCUGAGGAGCACAGAAGUAGAGAAGGGAUCAGACUGUGUGCAGCCCUUCAUCGCGCUGCAGAACUGCAUCAAGGAGAAUCCAGCGGCAUUUUCUAAGGAGAUUUUGGAAGAGGAGGAGAAGGACGAGGAGGCUGAGAAGUCCAACCUGCAAGUUAGAGCUCCAGCAUGGUCUAGAGAAUCCAAAUCCAAACCAAAGCUUUGA